AUGGCAAGGUUGAUUGCACUAGCUUUCUUUGCAAUAUCGGUAGCCAUUGUUUCAACUUCAAGGCCAGAAGUUGCAGCUGCUGCCCCAUCUUGCUCAGUUGUCGAUACUAUGCUGGAGCCUUGCGAGCCAUAUGUAUCUGAUUCGGCAGCGUCCAAAGCAGACCUUGAAGCCGUCUGCAACUGCAUCAAAAAUGCAUUGCCUUCGAUAGAAAAUACUUCGCCUACUCGCAUUUCUGGACUUCCCAAAGCUUGUGGAGUGAACAGUAACUUUGCCCCUGUUGAUCCUAACUAUGAUUGCUCCAAGAUUUCUGAUUGA